AUGUCGACCUACGACCAGGUAGAAAUCGAAGACAUGACCUUCGAUCCAGACACUCAAAUGUUCUCCUACCCAUGUCCCUGUGGAGAUAAGUUCCAGAUAUACAUUGAUGAUCUGUACGAAGGCGAGGAGAUAGCAGUUUGCCCCAGCUGUUCGCUCAUGAUUCAAGUGAUUUUCGACCAAGAAGACCUGCAAGAGUACUACGAAGAAGCGGGUACUCAACCUCCCGCCCCGAUCGCCGUUUCCGCUUAA